GCAGGCAACCCAGCUCAGUCCUGGCUCACGCUAAGUCCGGGACCCACCCCUGUUUCAGCUGUGCAUUUCAAGCGUAUUAAGGGGCAGGUAGGUGGCCCGGCUCAGUUCUGGCUCACGCUGGGUCUGGGAGCUCGGACCCCCCACUAGACAGGGACUACUGCCACCUCACGCUGCUUUCUCUUUCUCGGAAGCAACAGCACAAGGCAACAGGCAGCUGGUCCACAAGAGGAGUUGGUUUUUAAACUCUCUCCCCUCAUGGACCAGCUCCCGCCUGGCAUCUUGUGCUGCUGCCUCUGAUACAGUGGCUUCUGGCCCUGCCCUCGGGGUCUAUCGAAUAGUCAACUAGCGGAUAAAAUUUCAUGAGGUUACUCGACUAUUCAAUUAGCCGAUAUUUAAUAUCCCGAGAGAGAACACUUCUCAUGAUUUUGGUUCAUUCAGACAACCAGACCUUGCAUUUCUUUGUUGCACUGUUUGCAUCUUGCAUGCAUGCCUAUCUUACUCUUUGGUAGAGGAACUGCAUUAAAAUAUUCCCAAACUGGGUUUCUCUUACAGCCUGCUGCUAUUAUAGGUUUUCCUUCCUCGUGAGAGAAUGGUAUAGUAGAUCUCAAAUCAAUGAAGGCUACACUCAGAAAGGCCUCAGGACUUCUGGAAUAUGCUGCUUAAACAGUUUCACUUUUAUUUCUGCUGCCUCUCCCUCCCUUCUCACAUUCAUCUCCAGACUACUCCUUGUCCGGUUCUACUCCACCCCCAACGUUCUUCUAUUCAUUAAACUUUCUGAAACUUUGUACCUUUACAGAGAGGUGUGCAUCGUGUACAUUGACUCAGUGUGCACAAAUUUGCAGGGGGACAAUAGUGUUGAGGUCUGUUUCUCACCUCUUAUGUAUUAUUUAUUUCAAAACAUUUUUGCUGUUUACAAGCAUGUUAUCUGUGGAGGCACAAACCCACAGUUUGAGAACUGCAAAACUGAACAUCUCUGGUAUCUUCUGCACUGAGUCCCAUUGGGUAGCUAGAAAGAUUAACUUAAUCAUCUGUACAGAAGCCUCUGGAACUCCAUGAUACUGGAUCCCUAAUCCAUGAACUCUUGGAACUUCUCUUAAACAUUACAUGAAUAUGUUGUCUCCUACUAUAGAAUUACAAUGUAUAAUCCCUAUUCCAUUAUGAGGUAUCUUUGAGCUAUAGUGUAUCUUAAUUAAAACUAUAUUUAGACAAGUUUGUUCCUCAAGGAUUUUAUCAAAAAAGUCCUAUUUCAAUAUUUAAAAAUGAGUUUUGAUUUUAAAAAAGCAUUGAUUUUUAUCCACCCUGAUAUUCACCAUUUCUGAGCAAACUGAAAAAGCACAGUUAAUUAAGAUUCUGAAAAUAUCAGUCUUAAUUGCUUAAUGUACACUUAAUAUUGUUAUAGUAUACCCACCUAGGUAGCAAAAAGGUAUACAAAAUCUGAUAUAAAGGCUCUUUUAGUUGUAAAUCAGCAUGUUUUAAUGAUUUAUAUCAACCAAUGUAAGUGUACUUUUUUAGUAAAUAACUCAGGUACAGAUGGAAAAGUUGAUUAACAUGGAGCUUUCCAUUUGGUGAUUUUAAAUUACCUUGAUUUAAAUCAGUCUACUCUGAUCCACAUACUGACUCAACAGGUGAUUAGCCCCCCGGAGAUGUUGCUGGUAUUUCUAGAUUUGUCUACAGAAAAGAAGAUUUAUAAAAAUCUACUGUUGAUAUCACUGCCGGAGAAGAUGAAUAAAUGUGGAGUAGUGUAGCCCAGCUUCAGUAGGAGCUGACUUUUUGCUGGGGAGCAGAUUGGGACAUAGGAGUUGCCCCUCAGUGUUGGUUUGAAUGGGAAAUCAGAUUUUCCCUUAUUGGAGCAUUUUGGUUAAAUGAUUCAAUUACUGUCCAUUAAAAAAAAUCUUUUGAAUGAAUUCACCUUAGAUUUUUGAAAAUCUUUUUUCAUGCCAGUGUCUCAUUAUACAUUGCUGCUAUCAAGAUGUCUAUUUCCCGUUUAUUAUUUCAGUAUUUAAAAGUCUUUACCAAUAUACUGAAUACUUAGAGGCUACAAUAGUGGACCUGUAGAAAAGCCUAAAGAUAUUUACUCACUAAUUAGAUUUACUGAUUAGGAUGUUCCUGUAUGAAAUGACUGUUUUAUUUUCUUUCAUUUGGAAUUAAACUUAUGAAAACAUACUCUUACAGUGAUCAAUCAUGGAUUUCAAAUUCAGAGUUUGGGCUGGAAUUUUCCUUUUUAGCAGGACAUGAAGAUCAAACCCAAUGCACAGCACAACAGUUGCAUUUGGAACGAAAACAAAAUGGCUCGAGGACGCACGAGCAAUAGCAUCAAACAGAGCGACUUCACUAACAGCACCAAUCCACAGGAUUUAGAGAGAAGACUUUUUGUCGGCAAUUUGCCCACAGACCACAUGACUCGUGAAGAAAUGGAAGAGAUAUUUUCAAAAUAUGGCAAAAUCAGGGCCCUCAGCAUGUUCCAUGGCUAUGGGUUCGUGCAGUAUGAACGUCUAGAAGACGUCCAGGCCGCUCUGGACGGUGAGAAGGGUCGCCUUUAUAAAGGGUAUAGAUUAGAUAUUAAUAAAGCAGCGGAAAGAAGAAAUAUGAAUAAGGCUUCAUCAAGGUCCAGCCCAGCACGAAGAGAGCAGUAUGCGUAUGGAGAUGGCCGAGAUGCAAGACGCGAUCGCUCUCCUAUCCGGGGGAGCCCACGAAGAGAGCCCAGGGAUGGUAGAAAUGGCCGAGAUUCCAGAGAUGGUCGAGAUAUGCGAAGCAGAGAUGUACGUGAUCCCAGAGAUGCUAGAGACCACAGGGACCCGAGAGACCUGCGCGAGCCCCGGGACAUGAGGGACCCGAGAGACCUGCGCGAGCCCCGGGACAUGAGGGACCCGAGAGAGCUGCGCGAGCCUCGUGAUGCUAGAGACCUCCGUGACCCAAGGGAUCCUGUGUAUGAACGAUACCGGGAUGUAAGGGAGCCACGGGACCCUGAGUACAGAAGAGAUGAUGCUUAUGACCGUUACCUUCGCCUGGAAGACUAUUACCGGAGGAAGGAUGAUUCUUAUGACCGUUACAGAGAUCACUUUGACAGAGCCCCCUUGAGUGCAGAAGAGCGCCUGAAACGCGAGGAGCGCCGCAGGGAGGAGCUAUACCGUCAGUACUUUGAGGAAAUCAAGAGGCGCUUUGAAUCAGAGAGGCCUGUGGACUGUUCUGUGAUAGUGGUCAAUAAGCAGACAAAGGAGUAUGCCGAGUCAGUGGGGCGGAAGGUGCGGGAUCUGGGUAUGGUCGUGGAUCUGAUCUUCCUCAACACAGAAAUGUCACUGAGCCAGGCCCUGGAAGAUGUGGGCAGAGGAGGGUCUCCUUUUGCCAUUGUCAUCACUCAACAACACCAAGUUCACCGCUCCUGCACUGUUAACAUCAUGUUUGGCACACCACAAGAACAUCGCAAUAUGCCCCAAGCUGAUGCAAUGGUGCUGGUGGCAAGGAAUUAUGAGCGGUACAAGGCAGAGAGCCGGGAGAAGGAGCGUGAAGAAAUAGCCAGGCAGGCUGCCAAGAUGGCAGAUGAAGCAAUUCUGCAGGAACGUGAACGCCCACCACCCAUAGAGGAAGGUGCCAGAGGGGGCCACCCGCCUGGGAUCCAGAGUCUCUUGAACCUGCUGGCAGACAACCGCUAUCUGACUGCAGAAGAGACCGAUAAAGUCAUCAAUUACCUGAGAGAGCGGAAGGAGCGACUGCUUAGAGGAAGUUCGGACUCUCUGCAGGCUCCACUGUCGAGGCAGUCUCUUGGGGUGCCUUCCGGAUCAUCGAUGACCAGCCAGACCAGCCUUCCAAGCGCUCAGACUCAUCCAAGCACUCAGCCCCUGGCCUCUGCCCCCCCAGUCACAGUGUCCGCCACUAAUCCCCAACAGGAGCUUCAGGCAAAAAUCCUCAGCCUCUUCAACAGUGGGGCUGCAGCUGCAGCGGCAGGAGCUGCUGUAGCAAACAGUAGCUCUGCGGUUUCCACGGCGGCCUCCGGGGGCACUCAGAACCAGAACUACGCUAGCGUAGCCAGCAGCCAGGCCCGGGCAGUGCAGCUCAGCGCUGCAGGCCUGAACCAAGCUCAGCAGCGAACGCAGGCCCCUGUGCCUCAGCUUCCUGCGCUCCCAGGCUCCACAAGGAAUGCAGGCCCCAGGCCUGGGGCGCCUCAGCCGCCCCAGGUGCACUAUGGUCAGCACCAGAAUCGGCUGCCUACCCCUAGCAACAUAGCCGCUCAGAGGCCCGUGUCCUCCUCAGGCAUCAACUUUGACAACCCCAGUGUGCAGAAAGCCUUGGACACCCUAAUCCAGAGCGGCCCUGCACUCUCCCACCUGGUGAGUCAGACAGUGGCCCAGGGCCGAGCAGGGCCCUCUGCCCCCCAACCCAUGGGCUCCUACCAGCGCCACUACUAGCAUCUCGCUGCAGAGCCCCGCCCCUUCGCCAGUCCCAUCCUCCUAGCUCUUAAGUCUUUUGUCCUAGCCCUGCACAUGCAUGUCCUCUCCCCCGGGGUCCUGUGCUGCCCCGGGCCACGCCUUCUCCACAGGGCUAGAGCCCGCGGCCCGGUAGGGUAGCUGUGGGACGUGUCGCCUUUUUCCCUCCUGGCGGGGAGCUGCAUUCAGAGAGCAGCUCCUGCUCUUGCAGCCCACUGGCUUUCAUGGCAGUGGGGCUGGCAGAGAGUGUCACAAGGAGCUUAGCACAGCCAAGUGGGUCUGUCUGCGCCUGACCCCCUCCCUCUGCAGGGCGUGGCCUCGGCACUGGGCCUGGGUCGGAAGCCCAUGAGCCCGAUGAGGGGAAAGAUCCCGGGUGGUGCUGGAGCAGCUGAACUCCUGAGGCAUGUACAAGACUUGACCUCCCUCCCCCCCUCCCCCCAUGGCAGGGCUAAGACUUCGAGGCUCAGUGAGGCCAGCAAGGAUCUGUUGUCCCUACUCAGGUGAGGCACUUUCCAGCUUUGUUCUGGGUGUAACGGCAAACCCUGCUGCUCAGGCCAGGAGAGGGAGCUCCAAACCGACCAGCAGUGCAUUGGGGCCGUGGCCGCAGAACCCCUGGGUCUGUGCAGCUAUUCCUCCCAGAAUUGGGUCCAGCAGGCUCGCGGGACGGGGAGUCUGCGCUCUGCAGGAGGAUUGGCUCUGGCUCGGGCUGGGAGGCAGUGCAGAGAGGACUCCUAUGUUUUUAAGUUUCCAAACGUUUUAGUAGCAGCACUGGAUGCUUUUGUGGAAAGUCAGGCAGCGAUUCCCAAGCAGAUUUUUAACUUGUGGCCUGCUUCGUUGGGGCAAACUGACUAGAUCUGUCUGCAGUGCCAAAGGGAAUCCCUAGCCUCCAGAGUCCCCGGGGCUUCCUGGGGCAGGCAGGCAGAAGUGGUUGAGAAAGCAAAGUUCCUGGAGCAGCGACUCCCUGUCCUGAAUGGUUUGUGUUGUGGAGCGUUUUUCUUUGUGCUGUUACAAGAGGACAUGACUUUUUAAUAAAAUUGACAGGCAAA